AUGGGCAGAGUAGCAGCAAAACGGGGAAGAGGCAAUAGUGCCUUCACUGGAAUAGCCGCAGAGGCAGAGCCGUUGUCUCAGCCACAGGCAGGGAAGGAGGAAGAGGUAAUCAACUUUCAGGGGCUUAUCACACUCACUACUCCUGGUGAGGAGAGAAGCAGGUGGCCAAAUGUAAAGGAACCUGUUACCUUGUCAUGCAACUAUGGUAUUCCUAAUAAGGAAAUGUCAAAUUAUCGAGUCUACUGGCAAAAUGGUGACAAAGUGGUACAGGCCUAUGUACAUGGGAAAAGCGUUGAAGAUCUCAUUGAUGCUUCAUACGUGAACAGGACGACUGCAAUUGACAUGUCCAAUAACCUCUCCAUCACGAUCCUUUCUCUUCGAGUAUCUGAUGAGGGCACCUAUGGGUACGUACAGAAACUGGUGGGAGGACAGUACAGACGAGCAAAGCUUGAUGUGAAAUUGUCAAUUAGAGCUGACUUUUCAGAUCCUAUUAUCAAUGCGCAUAGAGAAGAAUUGCCCUUUUCCAGUUGGAGGAUAACUUGUUCAUCCAAGGAAGGUUUAUCCCCACAGCCUAUGCUCCUCUGGUUGAACAAUGGGAAAGAGCUAACUUCCUUCAACACACCACUUUGCAAGAUCCAACAACUAGGCUGUAUAAUCAUUGAGAGUGAGCUGCGGGUCAAUCAAACCACGAACUCUCUCUUUAACCUGUUUAAUCAAUAUGGUGAUUUCGGAGUGUCAAGAAAUAUCACCUUAAAAAUAAACCCAGACCCUGUGCCAACUCUCCAACCACCCAUCAUCGUUUCUAUUGCUCUGAUAAGCAUCUGCUUUUUCUUGGCAGUCUUGUUGCUACUUCUAAAACGAUGCCCCUGCCAGAAUUGCAAACAGCCCAAGGAUGGUCUCUGCUGUGUCCCACAAGAAGUCACUGUUGCAGCCACAGAGGAAGAGGCAAAUGACUCAAUGCUCCCACUAGCCCAGGUUGAAACGGCUGCAACAUCUGACAAGGCAGCCAGUGUGUGA